AUGCUUUCACGACGGAUAUUUCGGCAGCUUACAGACAGCGUCCUCCUGGAAUCGAGCUUGCUGCCAAAGAGGUCAUUUUGUCCUGUCGCAGUAUGCGUCUCUUGUUCCUUUGGUGGUCGAGCCACUGCGCCACGCGCUCGCCAUGCAUCCUCCUCGUCCACCAGAUGGAAGACGCGUCAGGGCAACGACCACUUCGCACGUGAAGCUCGUGUGCAAGGACUGAAGAGCCGCGCUGCUUUCAAGCUGCUUGAGCUGAAUGAGAAGCACAAGCUGUUUAAGCCUGGACAAACCGUUGUUGAUCUUGGCUUUGCACCAGGGUCAUGGUCCCAGGUCGCUGUGAAUCGCACGACGCCCGAUGGAAGAGUAAUAGGCAUCGACCUGAUCCCGGCACAACCUCCACGAGGCGUAUCUACGAUACAGGGCAACUUUCUGUCUCCAGCGAUCCAAGACGAAGUUCGAGCGUACGUCCGCGAUCCCAACCUGGGCCGACCCCGCAAGCAAACCAUCUCAGAGGAGCCGGGUGGCCUUACCGAGGAGCAAAUGGACGAGAUAGAGCGAGGAUACAUCGACAUCGAAAGACAGGCUCGUAUGGAAGGUGUUGAGAUGGAGCAACUGCGGCAGCCAACAGAAGGAUCAGAGAGCGUCCCAGAUGCCAAGAGGUCUUUGAAGGAGCGAGAUGCACGUGAAGGACGAGUCGUCGAUGUGGUGCUUAGUGACAUGUCAGAACCCUGGGACCAAGUCGCUGGCCUCUACAAGAAGAGCCUUAGUGACCCGUAUUUUAGGAUGAUGAACACCAGCGGCAACCCUUUCAGAGAUCACGCAGGCAGCAUGGACCUGUGCAUGGCUGCCUUGACGUUCUCGUUCGAUACUUUGAAGACGGGUGGGCACUUCUUAUGCAAGUUCUAUCAAGGAUCCGAGGAGAAGGCCUUCGAAACCAAGCUGAAGCGUUUGUUUGCAAAGGUGUCUCGCGAAAAGCCUGAGUCAUCACGCAGCGCGUCAAAGGAGGCGUACUUUGUAGCGUUGCGGCGCAAGGAGACAGUCACAAGAGAGGAGGUUUUCCGUGAAUGA